AUGCGGAUGAUCAAUGUGAUUUUAGUCUGCUUGGCGACAUGUUCUUUAGGUCAUGUGAGCUUUACCAAUCUGAAGUGUGAAAUGUUUGACAGGAAGUUUGGAAAAUUUGACAUCUGUCGUAUCAAGGCUGUAAAUCGAACACAUAAGUAUAUAGAUGUAGAGAUAAAGCUUAAUAUUCUACCCAUUAAUAACAUUAUGAUCAAAUUAGAACCGAUGCGAUACGGGAAUGGAUACAGACCAUUUUUUAUGAGCAUGAAGUACGAUUUUUGCAAAUAUAUGAGGAAUCCGAACGUCCGAUCAAUGAUAUUUUUAAAAGAAUUACAUUCAACGUUCAUUAAUGCUUCAAAUUUAAAUCACACCUGUCCCUAUAAUCAUGACAUUUCGAUUACCAAAUUUUGGACCGGCAAUCUGGAAAUUGCCUUCUUACGAUAUAUGCCCGUACCGAACGGAGACUACGCCAUGUAUUCGACGUGGUACUCUUCGAAUAUUCCCCGUUUAUUCGUAAAUAUUUACUUUAAAAUAACAAACUGA